UAAGGAUCCAAUUUUGAGUAGGCCGGGGUAAUUGGGCCUCAGUGCUUGUAGGCCCAUACCCAUAACAUAAACAAAAGAAAUGCAAAUCAAAUUAAAAAUGUCUGUAAAUUCAUUUUACCCCAUUAUUAGUUACUAAAAUCAUUAUUUCACCCACACCACCUUCCUCAAUCAAACCAACAUCACCGUUCACUUCACUUCCUCACACCCUAAUUUUAUUUUUACUUUUAUUUUUUCAAAUUUUAUUUCUUUACCACAAAUCAAAAAUAUUUUACAAACACAGAAGGCACUAUUACUAUGGAGGCUUUGGCCGGCGACCGGCUAAUACCCAACUCUGACGACUUUCCUCAGCUUAUUGCUCCUUUCCCGGAGCCGACUGAGGACCUCAUUUACGCCCAUCCCAAGACUCUGAUUCAUUCUCCGGACAUCAUCACUCACCGUCCGAUUUCACCUCCCCAGAAACUCCGCCCUAUUCGGUGCCACGCCCGGUCCCCGGUUUCUGAUGUUCGGGGCAAGGUUGAGCCCGCAGAAACCCUAGCCAAGGGGGUUUCAGGCGACCACUUGGAACCCCUUGACGGAGAGUUUGACUGCGCCGUCAAAUUUGAAACCCAGAGAGAUGUCGCUGGUAACGGUGGGAACGUCUCCGUUGCGGUGAAUAACCCGUUUCAGGUCGGGUUGGGUUCGUUUGGGGAAGAUUGGGAGAUGAAUGGUGUCGAACGUGUAGUGGAGGACGAGUCUAGAAUCUUCACUGUUCUCAGUUCUUCUUCUGAUGAUGAAGUUAAUUAUUCAGUAGAAAAUUGUAAAGGAGUUGUUGAGCAGAAGAGAAGAAAAUCCAAAAGGAAUAUUGAGCAUUUUCUUGAAAAUAUGGCGAUGAAAGUUAUGGAGAAACAAGAAGAGAUGCACAAUCAGCUAAUAGACAUGAUAAAGAAGAUGGAGAGCGAGAGAAUAUUGAGAGAAGAAGCUUGGAAACAAAUAGAGGUGGAAAGGAUGAAAAGGGAUGAGUUGGUAAGAACCCAGGAAACAUCUCGAAGCUUAGCUCUCAUUUCGUUUCUCCAGAACUUGUUGGGUGAAGACAUUCAAAUCCCUGAACCAGUAUCUCAACCAUUCAUGGAAGAAAAUAGGGUAGGUAGUAGUACUGAUGCUCAAGCAGAUACCAAAUGCAAUACGGAGAAUAAAAGAUGGCCAGAAGCGGAAAUAGAAGCCCUUAUAGCUCUUCGAACUGGUUUAGAACGCAAGUUUCAAACUACAGAAUCCAAAGGAUGCAUUUGGGAGGAGAUUUCAGUUGGUAUGUGUAGUAUGGGCUAUAACAGAACAGCAAAAAAGUGUAAAGAGAAAUGGGACAACAUGAACAAAUAUUUCAAGAAACCUUAUGUUAGUGGGAAGAAGCGUUCUGCCAAUGGUAAGACCUGUCCAUAUUUCCGAAGCUUGGAAUCACUUUACAAAAAUGGAGCUGCAAAUUCAGGAAACAGCAAUAGUACCCCAAACAAUGAGGAUGAAGUCAAAUGUGAAAAGGAGUCUGGAGAGUCGCUUUACACCGGUUAGAAUCUUUUUGUAGUGCUAAGUAGUCUGAGGUCUUCUCCAUCAAUUUUCGCCACAAACUUGAUGGUAGGUUGAUGGAGAAAAUUAUCCACAAACAAUUAAAUCUCCUAUUCCCGUAGUUUGUAGUUUAUUUAAUGGUGUUUUGCCAUGUUAUAUUUGAUUUUAACUACCAAUAAUUUUGUCUUGUAUUGAACAUAGAAGUUUGCAUCAAAUACUCUGUCUCCAAUUGGAAUUAUUCUAGCAUAUUUUGUUUGCAGGCAA